UGUAGUAAACAAAUGGAUUUGUUGCAAUCUUUCACUGCAUUUGCAUAUUAAAAUAUUAAUGUGCACUGCAAUAAUACGCUGUUAACAUGUCUUAUCAGCUUUACAAACAAUUAAAGAAUAACCUUUUAUCAACAAAUUUAGAUAUAUUUUGAUGCUGAACACCCCACUGUAACAUCUGAAUUUUUCUAUUUUUAACGUCAAAUUUAAAUAAAUAAAAAAACAAAGAGAAUCAAAAAUUGCAAAAUUUCUUAUCUUUAAAUUUGAAGUUUAUUUAAAAGUCCAACAAAUAUGAAACCUCUAAAAAUCCUAUUCGUUUGCAUUGGUAACACGUGUCGCUCACCAAUGGCGGAAAGCGUAAUGAAGCACUGGCUGGAGGAGUAUGAUCUCAACUGGAAGGUUGACAGUGCUGGCUUGAGAACGUGGAAUGUUGGACGUAAGCCGAAUGAACGCUGUAUAAAGGUACUGGAAGAGAAUGGUUUAACAACGGAUCAUGUCGGUAGACAAAUUUCAACAAUGGACUUUUACAAUUAUGACUACAUACUUGCCAUGGAUGAACAUAAUUUGCACGAGCUACAAACGCUUGCCAAAGACCCGAGUCAAGAACGAUGUGCAAAAAUCGAACUGCUCGGAAAGUACAUUGAUCGGCCGGAAGAUCAAAUCAUACGUGAUCCAUAUUUUAGCAACUCAAUGGGUGGCUUCCGUUGCGCGUUUUUACAAAUAACUGAAAGCUGUCAAAAUUUCAUAGCCGCACACAUGUAUACCGAUUAGAGCUACUAAGAAAACAAAAAAUAGAAAAAAUUUGAUAACUUAAUAUAAGUUGUGUGAAAAAUUAUACUCAUAAAUUUCAUGUAAAAAAUUGUAAAUCGCACGUGCUAUAAUUUAUUUUAUAUCACUAAACAAGAAUUAAAUAUAAAUGUAUGAUGUUUAUAACUAUAA